AAAGAUUAAUGUUACAUGUGCUUAUGAGAGUUUUUGAAGAAGAAGGAGCUCAAGUUUUGAGUGCUAAUCUCCAGAUCUUGGAUGAUAGGACCGCUUAUACAAUCAUAGCCCAGGUAUGUAUGAACGCAGCCAGGAAUAAGUAUGUAAAUAUAUACACUGCACAUGAAUAACUUCAUGGUCUGAAGAAAUUGAAUUUAGAAAAAAAAUGUGCUAAAUCAAUAAGCCUAAAAUUUGCACUUAGCCAAUGAAAUGGCCAGACGACUAGACCAAAGAUAUACAAAUGAGGAAAAGACGAAUUGCAAAUGAGUUUCUUUUGUUUCUUUGCGGCCAACAUGUUUUUCCAUCAGUUUUCAAAUGCUUUUAUUAAUUGAACAUGGAAUUGAUUUGUCUUGGUCUCUUUUAGUCGAUAGUACUUUUGUAAAUAAAUUUUGGCCGUUUUGUCUAUGGUCAUCGGACUAUUAUGCCAUUGAAAUGGUCAUCGAUAAAAAAUUUCUACAAACCUACUAUACUUUCCAGUAUUUGAUCAUUGGCUCAAAGCUUAUUGUUUAAGUAUCCUCUGAUUUAAAAAUUAUUCCCAUGAAAAUUAGAACCUCUGAACACAGCUGUAGCUAAAGUCCUAGAAAUGUAUCCAACCAUACCCAACUAAUCUUAUUCUUCUUUUUUUUCUAAAUAAUCUUCUUUUUUUUAGCAACAUGUAAAUAAUCUUCUUUAUUUGUAAAUAAUCUAUUUCGAAAAUAGCAUCUUUUUUUUGUUCAAAAUUUCAAAAUAAAUAGAAAAUUUAUUUGGUAGGAAAGAAUAAGCACAGUUUAGUAGUGUGUAAGCAUACGGACGCAAUCACAAAAGCCAUGACUUUUGGGAAAACAUCACUUUCCUUUAAAUUACGCAGCUUUUUCUAUCAACAUUGAGAAUUUUGAGACUUUAUAUAUAGUGAUGAGAUAGAUUUCAAAAGAGAGAAACAUAGUAACAUAAAGCUUAGAAGAAGAAGAAGAAGAUUUCACCCCCAAAAUAAAAGUCACCAAAAAAAAGAAAGCUUAGAAGAAAACAGAAAGAAUGGACAGGGAGAGGGGAAGAGAAGUAGGAGAAGGAAGCUCAAUGUCGUCGAGGGAACAACGAAACCUCAGAGAGCAAGAGCGACGAAUGCGCAUGAAACAUCUCUUCAAUAUACUCUCUUCUCAUGUUUCUCCCACUCAUAGGUUACCGGUGCCUCAACUUAUAGAACAAGCGACAUCAUACAUGAUCCAAUUGAAAGAGAAGGUAAAUUAUCUAAAGGAGAAGAAAAUAACUUUGUUAGGAGAAAUGGGGAAACACUCUGAGGGGUUGUCGUCGUCACUUCUGCCGAAACUCAGUAUUUAUUCGCGGGAUUCAACCAUACAAAUGAACCUGCUUAUCGAUCUGAACAUGAAAAGAGUGAUGCUACACCAGCUUUUAAGUGUUUUUGAAGAAGAAGGAGCUCAAGUUAUGAAUGCUAAUACUCAGAAAUUGAAUGAUAGGAUGAUCAUUUAUACAAUCAUAGCCCAGGCUAUCAUAUCUCGCAUCGGCAUUGAUCCAUCAAGGAUAGAAGAGAGAGUUAGGGAUAUCAUCUUCUGAUACAAAUUUUGAAGCAUUAUUAUAUCCAUUAAUCAUUAGUCAAUGCCAAUGCUAGUGUUUUAUGCAAUACUUUUAGGGUGAUUUUACAAAGGUACAAGUUUUCUAAACAUAAGAUGAGUAUAUUUAUUGUUGUUUUUGAGUGUGACAAAAUAAUUGUUUUUGAGUUCGAUUAUGUAAGCAUGAGAAAAAUGAGUAAGAAAAAGUUUCUUGGUUAAUGAUAUUUACUUAAAAUCAGUGCGUAUAUUCAUUUGAGUACUUUUUGUGAUUUAUUUGAGUUCUUUGUAUUUAUACAAAACUUUCAAACACACCAAAUGCUACACCCUGAUGUUUAAAUUUUCGGUAAAUUUUCUAUAUACCGAAACCUACAAUCUUUAGUGUUGUUUUAAAAUUUUCAAACACAUUCUAUGUUUGUAUUAAUUAAACUCUCUUUUAAG